GGAAAGGCACAAUAGUUGCUUACACCAAACAAAACGUUUGCGGAUCACCGGCGUAUCUCAUUUUUGCUCAUAUUUUCACGUUUCUAAAACACAGCAUGUGGUACGACGAGUGAGAAGCUUUUAUUGUGAAGGUUAGUGGUCGGACGUGGUGUUCCUCAUUGUUGAUACUUGAUACUGGUCUGGAAGGAGUGACUGGUUGACUGCGGUGAUGGCAAUUUCGGCAACAUGGGAGAUGUGGGAUUUAUUCUGAACGGAUUUUAAGACGUGACGUGAAAAUGGCAGAGAGGUUGGAGUGGGUAGAAAUCAUCGAGCCACGAACGCGGGAGCGUAUGUAUGCCAACCUGCUGACGGGCGAAUGCGUGUGGGACCCUCCGCAGGGCGUUUGCAUCAAGCGAACUGGUGACAACCAGUGGUGGGAGCUGUUUGAUCCCAACACCUCACGCUUCUACUACUACAACGCUUCCACUCAGCGCACAGUGUGGCACCGGCCCCAGGGAUGUGACAUCAUACCCCUGGCCAAGCUGCAGACUCUGAAGCAGCACACAGAUGCCACCAACCCCCGUCCUGCCGGAGGAGGAGGAGGGAGGGUGUCAGCUGACAACAGCCCAGGACGUAACAGUGGGGUCAGUCGAGAGGGAAGCACCUCCUCCUCCCUCGAUCAGGAGCUUUCUGAAAAACAGGGCAGCAGAGAGGAGGCGGACAGGACUUCUCCCUUCAGGUGGAACACUGGUACAAAGGAGCGAAUGCUAAUCAAAGUUACAGACAGAGAGCCCAGCUUCUUGGCCCAUCAGGGAAAUGGUUACUCCCCCUGUGACCCCCCCACCCCUGGUCUUUCUUCUGGAGGGGGCACCACCUCACGAGUUCGCCGUUCCUCUGGAGGAAAUCCCCCUUCAGAACCCGAUGGUUCCCAUGUUCUCUACACUGACCGUCGUCAGUCUCCUUUUCUGAAGCGGGCUGAGUUGGGUGGCACAGGUACCCAUCGCCGCUCCUCAGCUGACUCCCAGCCUCCCUCACCUCGCUAUGCCAAUGAACCUCCACUAUACGAGGAGCCGCCAUCAGAGUACCAGGCCACUCCUAUUUAUGAGGAGCCUCCCACUGACAUGCAGCUCUCUGACUCCUCCUCCCUCUAUGGCACUGGCAAGUCACCUGCCCGCAAGUCCUCAGCCCCUCUUUAUCACUCUCCCAAGCAGAGCCAGUCGCCCUAUGGCCAGCUGGUUCUGACCAGGCAGAAAUGUCCAGAGAAAACCCAGAGUCUGGAGUACAGUCCUGUGGGUAAGGAGUACGUCAAGCAGUUAGUGUAUGUGGAGCAGUCGUCUUCCAGUCCUCGCUUCAAGACCGCCGACCGUCUGCUACGUUAUGGCACUACAGGGGGCUAUGGUGGCUCAUAUGGUGGGUCCUACACUCUGCAGCACAGUCAGUCUCUAAUCAGAGACCCCCGCCUACUGCUGGACUACAGUGGGGAGGGUGGAGAGGGAGGCCAGAGAUUACUUUAUGAGGAUUGCAUAUCCUGGACAUCCAGCCAGACCCAUUCCCUUUCCUCCUCCUCUACAAGUGGUCCUGGGGCUUUUUCUCCUGGAGGUAACCGCAAACGCAAGAGCCGCAAGCCGUCCCUCCCCCAGGAGCUGGUACGCUGUGGGGGGCUGGAGGGGGAGGUGGGAGGCACAGUAUCUGAGGCAAUGCUAGCCCAGGCCAGGCUGGCAUGGGAGGCCCAGCAGGUGAUGAAACAGAGAAGCAGUUGGGACUCAGGCCAGAGAGGAGUGGAUACCCAGAGCGGAGGCUCCAAAGAUGGCUAUGAGAGUGACGGAGCAGUGCCUCUCCCAUUACCAGGACCAGUGGUGAGGGCAUUCAGUGAGGAUGAAGCGCUUGCACAGAGCGACGGCCACCACUGGAAACGUAGUACCUUCGAUCGGCUGGGAUUCCCCCAGGCCCUACUAGAGAAAAGUCUCUCUGUCCAAACCAACUUGGCCUCCCCUGAGCCCUACCUCCACCCCUCACAGUCAGAGGACCUUGGAGCCUGUGCCCAGUUUGAGGCCAGUCGAAAUGCCAGGAAUAUGAUGCCGAGCGCCAGCUGUGGCAUUUUCCCAGAAUUCACCCUGAGAAAACCCUCCUCAGAGACCGACAUUGAGAACUGGGCAUCCAGGCACUUCAACAAACACACACAGGGUCUGUUCAGAAGAAAGGUGUCUAUUGCCAAUAUGCUGGCAUGGAGCAGCGAGCCCAUCAAGAAGCCCAUGAUUAUGACCACAGAUCGCACUGUGAAGAGGGAAGCCGUGGACAUCUUUAAGCUCAUCCAGACCUACAUGGGAGAUCGUCGCUCCAAGGCAGACCCCCUUUCUGUGGCUCUAGAGGUGGUGGUUCGUGGAUGGAGUAACCAGGGUCUGCGUGAUGAGCUCUAUAUCCAGCUUUGUCGUCAAACCACUGAGAAUUUCCGUUAUGAUAGCCUAGAGCGAGGCUGGGAACUGAUGGCCAUUUGUUUAGCCUUCUUCCCCCCCACACCCCGCUUUCAUACCUACCUGGAGGGCUACAUCUACCGACACAUGGACCCUCUUAACGACACCAAAGGAGUGGCCAUUAGCAGCUAUGCUAAAUACUGCUACAAGAAACUGACAAAAGCUGCUCUGACUGGAGCUAAGAAGGGCUUACAAAAGCCUUGUCUAGAGGAGAUCAGGCAUGCCAGGAAUGCCAUCUUCAGUCCCUCCAUGUUUGGCUCCUCCUUGAAAGAGGUGAUGGCACUCCAGAAGGAGCGGUAUCCAGACAGCCAGCUGCCGUGGGUGCAGACUCGCCUUUCUGAAGAAGUCCUGGGUCUCAAUGGGGACCAGACAGAAGGCAUCUUCAGGGUACCAGGGGACAUAGAUGAAGUCAAUGCUCUCAAGUUGCAAGUGGAUCAAUGGAAAAUCCCUACAGGACUGGAGGACCCACACAUCCCUGCAUCACUGCUGAAACUUUGGUACAGGGAGCUGGAGGAGCCACUGAUCCCUCAUGAGUUUUAUGAGGAGUGUGUCAGCAACUAUGACAACCCAGAGGCAGCUGUCAAAGUGGUGCUGGGUCUGCCACACAUCAAUAAACUGGUGCUCUGCUACCUCAUCCGCUUCCUACAGGUAUUUGCCCAGCCUGCCAAUGUGACCGUCACUAAAAUGGAUGUGAACAACCUGGCCAUGGUCAUGGCUCCCAAUUGUCUGCGUUGCCAGUCCGACGACCCCAGGGUGAUCUUCGAAAACACCCGCAAGGAGAUGUCUUUCAUCCGUCUGCUCAUCCAGCGGCUGGACACCAGUUUCAUAGAUGGGAUUCUAUAGCGACCCCCAUCUACACCCCCACCCCAGAUACUUCCACCCCACUCCCCACCCCUCUCACCACCACCACCACCACCACCACCACUACCAGUUUGCUCCCUUUAAUUCCUCCAUAACAUGCCCCUACUACUCCCUCAGCAACGAAACUUCAUACAUACAAAUUGUUGCUGGUGGGUGAUUACCUUGCCUCUCAAACAUAUUUACUUUUCUGGAAUUAACAAAAACUUCCAUGUUUUGUCCACUGUAGACUUUGAGUUGAACCAGCUUUUUUUCUAUUUCAGUAGAUGUAGUCGUUUAACAUUUACAUGGGGAAAAAGACAGUACAGGAGUUCCAAAGUUUUCAUUGGCUGCAGAGAGUCAGAUAAAACCUGAUAAUGAACACCUACUGAGUAGUUCCAGUGAAACUGUCUAUUUGUUGUUCGCUGUUCUAAAUUAAUGUACUGACUGUGGACACAUCAACAUUAGAAAUAAAUGACAUCUCACCUUCACCACAGAAUGGCGACUGUAACACACAAGCUGCAAGCAGCCUACACUGCCUCUCUGAACUUACUUUGUAGGCUAUCACAUAAGCCAUCAUCUCAGAUCCCUUUCUGUCAAAUUAUAUUUACUGUCUAUCAGUCAUGAAUAAAUGGAUUCUGUGCAGGCAACUGUUAUCCAUUAUAACCAUUAUCCAUUACUUAGUAUGAAGGAAUUAGAUACAUAUGAAUCCAACAAUCACUUGUUGGAUGGAUAUGUUAUUUUAGGACCUCAAAUGUUCAUUUGAUUAAUCUCUAUGUUUAUGUAGUCAAAUACAAAUGGGCACACACUUACGUACAGUACUAAGUCUUGCCCAAAGGUUCUACCAUCUACAGUGUAAAAUACCAAAUGAUCCAAAUCACUGAGGUGUAUGACGCAUUCAUUCAAACAUGCAUUCAACACACAUUUUCUCACAAAUGUUAAAAUCAUAGGGUUCAAUACCAGAUUUUUUUCAAGAUAUAAAGCCUUACUGCACCAUUGCAUCAGUACUUUAUCGGACUGAUCUUGCUAGAUGUAUGCCUUCUCUUAGUCAGAUGUUGCCUGCCAAUACCCUUACUUUAAACACAUGUAGCUGCAGAGACAGUGAUAAGGGGAUUGGUCUUUUGGCCACUUAGCCAUCAAGUGAAGAAAACCUGAACACUAAAUCACAUCUAGUUGUGUUUUGACUUUAAGGGUCCAGCGCUUAAAGAUUAGCUUGGUUCAAAGUGAAGGCGACACAUGAACAUAUUUUAUUUUAAAAGUGUGUUGUCACUCAUCUUGCUUUGUUUUUUAAGGAUCACUGAUUCCACAACUUACAUUAUUCAGGGUUAUCUGCAGAUCUUGAAAAAUCACUGAAUUUAACUUCCUUCAAAGAAGACCUUUAGAACUUAUAAAUUAGUCUUAAAUUUCAUUUUCAAAAGUCUGUUUUAUUAAGUGUAAUAUUUCUUUGCUGCUAUAGGCAGUACUGUAAGUUAUAAAGUACAGGCCAUAUGGAGAUGUAACACAUUUAUAAACUGAAAGUACGAUUGUUGGCUGUCGAGUCUAUUUUUGUAACAUUUCUGUCAGUUCCAUCACGUGCAGCAAACACGUUCACUACUGUGAGCUACAGUAGCCAGGAAACCUGUGGUCUGAUGAUAAACUAUAACAUUAUAAGUUGUAGUUAUAUAUUAUUGGCAAAUAGUAACAAAACUAAUUCUAAGCCCAUGAUCCCUAACGGUUUUCUAUCCCACUUUAAUACUUUCAUAUGGUGUGAUGGUGCUUAGUUAAAGGUGUGUUAAAUUAAAAAGGUUUAAAAAAGUAUGAACCUGGUGAGCCUUGCAAGAAACUUCUCCUUAGUUCUGUCAAUUUUGUAUGCACAUUUAUACACUGUCUGUGGCACUGUCCAUAAUAUUAGCACAACAGACAAAAAAAUUUGGAAACUGCUAUACCAUAUGCUGUUUAUAGGGUCCAUACGACCAGUUUAGCAUACAGUGUGUUGUAUGCUAAAACAUAAUGCUAAGUGUUAGCAGGUCCAGUGUUAAAACUUUAGAUUUUAUGUUGAGUCUUAGCAGGCACACCAAUAAAACUGCCAUACACUGCGACAUGCGUUUUCUUAUACAGUACAGACAGAGCAGCCAAGUGGGAGAAACUGAGUGAAUAUCUCCCACUAUGCAAACAUUUCAGAAAUGUAAUCAAAGCUAGCAGUUGCCUCUAAAUAAAAUCCACUCUUCACAAAAUCCAUUGUAAUGUGUAUUAAGACAAUACAAGACUACAUGGCUUAGCAAUGAGGUUGACUGGAACCACCAGAUCAAGUAAGACUAGCACACAGCUCAGAGUGUAUUAAAGCUGUGUGCUAGUGUAUAGAUAGUGUAUAAGUAACUACAGUAAACAGUGUGUUGUUUACUGUAGUUAUUUAGUAAGCAGCACUGGAGUCAGUGAUCUACAGUAUAGGUGGAUUGUGGUGUCCAUGUGUACUCACAUGGGUGGGCCUUGACUCCAUGACAACGCCUAUCUUUGGUUGUACAUGUAAACUGAUUUCACAACAAUCUUGCCUCUUUAAGCAUCAGGUAUUCUUGAAGAAAUCUGGUCAUGUGUCCACCCGCCACAGUGUUUGGUGCUGUCCAGUCACUUUAGCUGUUGACCACAGCCCACUUGAACCCAAGAGCAACAGAUACAGUAGUAUGAAUGAUAGCAGCACUGCCAAGAUCCCAUCCAUAAUGUUGCCCGCACUUUCUGGGAGGCAUUUGAGAAGUGCCAGCUAUCCCACGCUACCUGACCCAACACUGAGCCUCGAAAGGCAUUCCUGCUUACUAAUGAUUUGUGAACGUGUCCACCUGUGUGCUUGUCUGUCCUUCUGUCACUGUUUACAAAAUGUACCUGUCUCUUGCAUCUUUGUCUAUGACCAUGUACUGUAAUGUACUUUAUUGUAUUCAUUCAAGAUCUUUUCUGUGUUCAACAGAAUUUCUGUUUUUAACAUUCUUUUGAUAUGAUUUAAUUUAUUUCUAUUUAUUUGAGGACAUUUCCUUAUUGCCUUCUUGAGAUAUGUUAUUGUAGGCUCCAAUGUGUGUGUGUGUGUGUUUUUGAUGAGACAUAAUGAAUUGUACAAAUAGGAAUAACAGCGCACACUUUCAGAAGAAUGAAAAAUGAACAUUUUAGAGAUAAGGGGAAGUGCUUUUCAGUUUGAGAACAUUACAAAAUUUAUCAGACAAAGCCCUUAUCAGAAAUGUGUGUGUGUGUGUGUCGGUGGGGGGGGGGUACUUUCAGAAGCCUAAAAUGGUUUUAUCAACAGGUAUAAGGAGCUGCUUAUU